AUGCGCAAGGUCGCAGUAGACUCGCGUGUGUUGGUUUACUUGCAAGUCGCACGGGAGAGGAAUGUGCUGUAUUCCCAUACGACGCACAUCAGCCCGUAUAGUGACGCCAAAUCAGGAUUCGCUGCGAUGAAGGAGGCGAAGACGAUGCGUUGGAGCUCUAUGAGCGCAUGCUCGGAUGCACAAUCAGGGACGGCGACGACCUACCCGUACGCGUCCUUUCACCAUUCCCUUGUCAAGCGCGGCCGUGUGAGCAUCGUGUUGCCCGUGUUGGGGAACAAUGCCAUACGAAUCCGCGUGCAAUGA